UUCUUCCAUGUCAAGCAACCACUCGAUCAAUGUCAUUCAAAUAUUUUGUACUUAUUAUGAUUUUUAGAAAUUUGUUCCUUGUUUUACAGAUUUUGCUAGUAUUGUCAAUAGCUGUUGGCCUGAAGGAUUUAAAUGAUGUUGGACGUGUUAAACGACUAGCCACGCCCACUUACACAGCUCAGUCCGUUAGGAAUACCGGCAAGUAUGUGGUGUCCAUCAGAUCGCGCACUCCAUACAAAUACUUUGGGGAUAACCAUUACUGUGGUGGCUGCAUCAUAUCGCCCAUAUUUAUUCUAACUGCCGCAAAAUGCGUGAUGAGCACUCAAAAGGUGUUGCGUCGAAGUCGCGUGAUGCUGAUCGUUGCUGGAGCACCCAAUCGGCUAAAGAUGUUCGCGGAGAGCCGGCAUAUCCCGGUGAAGACGAUAUAUGUGCCCCAGAACUACACCAUAUUCAAUACCAAUGACAUAGCACUGCUGAAGACCGGCUUGAGGCUACCCACAAAUAAUUUUCGCAUUGGGAUAAUAGGGCUGCCCAUCGGGCCGGCUGUGGAAGGUCUCUACUACAGAUCCAUGGGCUGGGGACGCGUCCUGAAGGGCGGCGCUAUGGCCUCUAGCAUCCUCUUUAUCGAUGUGAUGCUGCAGGAUUUCGCCACAUGCAAGCGACUGAUUGGCCCAUUCACACCGGACAUGCUAUGCGUUGGCAAUCUGCACGUUCGCAAUCUGGACGAGCAUCCCUGUUUGGGUGAUGCGGGCGAUCCGCUCAUUCUGAACGACACGGUCUAUGGCGUAGCUACCUAUGGCCUAGGUUGCGGUAAUGAUAAAUAUCCAUCCGUGUAUACGAAUGUCUGGUAUCACAUGGAUUGGAUCAGGGCAAUUAUGUCACGUGGCAGUAGUCAAAAAAUCCAAUAUCAUCUGAUUCGUGUUUGGCUCUUACUUUUGCUUUAUAUGUGCGGAUAAUUGUCUAGAACCUGCUACAUAUAUAUUUGAUUUUUAGUUUCUUAACAUAAUUUUUCAUUUGUGAGAAUUGCAGUUAUAAAUCUGCAUAUAAAAAUAUUAAUUUAAUGUUGAAAUGAA